UGAUUCUCUCCAAGCCCUACUGGCUCUUGAGCACCGCCUGCCGGAUACCAUUCCCCCAAUUUCCUCAUCAUGAGCUCCGGCUCAACAAGACGAUGGCAAUAUGUCGCCGACCUUCUCAUGGCCGCCGCCCUCCCCGUCAUGACCUACCUUGCCAUGAAGACUCUCCUCUCCCACCUCGACUUCGGCACUGGCGACCGUGAAAAGGACAAGAAAGACGCGGCGGCGGCGGCGCGAAAACUGGACCGGCUACUGGCUGCACGCGACAAUACUUACGAGGACGACGUCGACAAGAGAAAGAAUCUGGAGUUGACGCAGUAUGAGAGGCAGAUAGCAUUGGAGGUGGUCAUGCCGAGUGACAUCCCCGUGUCGUUCAAAGACAUUGGAGGUCUAGACGAUAUCAUCGAAGAGCUUCGCGAAUCUGUCAUUUACCCACUUACCCUCCCCCACCUCUACUCGCGCUCCUCUUCCCUCCUCUCCGCCCCAUCCGGCGUCCUCCUCUACGGCCCCCCUGGCUGCGGCAAAACCAUGCUCGCCAAAGCCCUCGCCCACGAAUCCGGUGCCACCUUCAUCAACCUCCACAUCAGCACACUCACCGAGAAAUGGUACGGCGACUCCAACAAGCUCGUCAACGCCGUCUUCAGCCUCGCCCGCAAACUCCAGCCCUCCAUCGUCUUCAUCGACGAGAUCGACGCCCUGCUCGGCACCCGCCGCUCCGGCGAGCACGAGGCGAACGGCAUGGUGAAGGCCGAGUUCAUGACGCACUGGGACGGGUUGACGUCCGUCGACGCCGCCGGCAGCGCCCAGCGGAUCUGCAUCCUCGGCGCGACGAACCGCAUCCAGGACAUCGACGAGGCGAUCCUCCGGCGCAUGCCGAAGAAGUUCCCGGUAGCGUUGCCGAGCGCGCACCAGCGGCGGAAUAUCUUCAAGCUGAUUCUGAGCGACACGACAAUGGACCCGGAUUUCGACCUGGAUUAUCUGGUGAAGCUGAGCGCGGGGAUGAGCGGGAGCGAUAUCAAGGAGGCCUGUAGGGAUGCGGCUAUGGUCCCGGUGAGGGAGAGUAUACGUGCCUUGCAGAAGAAGAACGUCGGACGGGACCUGCGGGCGGCGGAUAUCAAGGAGAUCCGUGGCGUGCGGACGGCAGAUUUCUUCGGCAAAGGCGCAGGCAUGGGCUAUGCGGUCACCAACCAGACCCAGACUACCGACGAUAUUGAUGCGAGCCCCGCAGGGAGCAAGCGUGGGGUGGAUAGUGACGCAGAAGGCGAUAGCUCAUACACGGAUACGGAGGAAGAGGUGGAAGAGGUGGAGGCGGCCGCGAGAACUUAGAGAUGUUCCUUUGGCUAGGGGAACAUGUUGUAUCAUCUUGCAUGGGUCGGCGUUGGCUGGGACUCCAUCCGUACGGUUAAGGCGACAUGAUGCGGUCACGGCAAUUCACCAUUUCAGCGGUAUAUAUUGG